CGACAAGUUGCUUCAAAAUAAAAGGGGCACUUGUUAAUAUUUCCAAAUUCGUUUAAUAACUAUUGAACUUUGAUAAAGUGUUACGAUAAAUGGGCAUCAUGUGUUAUGCAAUUGAUCGAAAGCGAACAAUUUACCAGUUUAGGAUAUGGUAUAAUUGAGGAGCGAGUCAUUUUGUGCCUUUAGCUUGAAGAGUGAUGCUUCAACCGGAAAAGUUUUUUACGUGACCCGUAAAAACUUUACACGCAUUAGCCAGCUGGAUGGGAGGAGAGGGAGUCGGGCGAAGACAAACAUGAACAAGCUGAAGUCCUCACAGAAGGAUAAAGUUCGCCAGUUCAUGAUUUUCACACAAUCCAAUGAGAAGACUGCACUGACCUGUCUGUCACAGAAUGACUGGAAACUAGAUGUUGCCACGGACAAAUUUUUCCAAAAUCCAGAGCUCUAUGUUUCAAAUCUAAAGGGAGCCUUAGACAAGAAGAAGCUUGAGCAGCUUUACAACAGAUACAGAGAUCCUCAUGAUGACAACAAGAUUGGAAUCGAUGGGAUCCAGCAGUUCUGUGAUGACAUGGGUUUGGAUCCGGCCAGUAUAAGUGUCCUCCUCAUAGCCUGGAAGUUCAGGGCAGCAACACAGUGCGAGUUCUCAAAACAGGAGUUCAUGGAUGGCAUGGCUGAACAGGGGUGUGACAGUAUAGAGAAGUUAAAAGCUCAGCUGCCAAAGAUGGAGCAAGAGUUAAAGGACCAAGGGAAAUUUAAGGACUUUUACCAGUUUACAUUUAAUUUUGCAAAGAAUCCUGGCCAGAAAGGUUUGGAUUUAGAAAUGGCAAUUGCAUAUUGGAAUUUAGUCCUGGUUGGAAGAUUCAAGUUCCUGGACUUGUGGAACAGGUUUUUAGUUGAGCACCACAAAAGAUCAAUUCCUAAAGACACUUGGAACCUCUUACUAGACUUCAGCACAAUGAUCACAGAUGACAUGUCGAAUUAUGAUGAGGAAGGAGCAUGGCCGGUCCUUAUUGAUGACUUUGUGGAGUUUGCACGGCCACAUAUCGGGACCAAAAGCACAGCAGUUUAAGGGCUGCUCUCACUGAAAGAACAUCCACAUGAUGUUUCUACAAAACAGAGAGCGCAGUGAAUGGCGGACAAGGGGACCACACUGAGCUGAGAACUAAGUUGCCUUUUCAACCCUCAGGACUGAAAUAUUUUACACAGCAGAGACUUUAUAUGUGUGUGUGCGUGUAUGUACAUAUAUAAAAAGGCAUAUCUCUUUUCUUGGUCAACUUGUGGUGGUUUGGAACUUUUUAUCUAAAGUAUUAGGCUUUUUGUGUGCGCUCAAGCCAACUACAGAGGAGUCACCAUCUUUGCCCACGUGGUUGGGCUCCGCUCAAAAGCAGGUAGAUAGACACUUUUGGAUUGUAAUGUAAACACGAGGGUUCGCCAGGGGAUGUCGGUCUUUAAAUAUUGAAUUUUAACACUCUUGUGUGCAUUCAGGAUUUUGCUUUUGUUUUACAAAUACAUUUGUGUGACAAGUCAGUAUAAAACAUUGAUUGUAAUUUUUUAAGCAUAAUGCUGUUUGUUUAAACACAAAUGUAUAAAGAUAAAAUAAAUGUUUCAAUUUGGUAUCUUUAAAGUUGCCCAGCCUCUGCGCAUUUCUCUGUUUUAAAGAAAAAAGAAAAAAAAAAGAAUAGAUAAAGGUGAUGUACUGAGCAAUCAUUCUUUGUAGGCUUUGGAUAAUGAAUACUGUAGGUUGUUAUGAUUUAGGGCUUUCAUAGAUCUGAAGAACGUUUUGUUAAAUUAUGUCAAAUGCCAUCCACAAUGGAAGUUAUUUGUUCCUCUCACUGCAAUACAAGUGCUGUUUUGUUAAUGGUUUAGUAGAGGUUUUGGUUUACAAUUGGCAGGUAUUUACCCUUAAUUAUUACAAUUUUCUUUCAACUUGGAGGAGGCUGUGUAACUGAAUUUUUAAGCUGAAUGUAGACACUGGUCUUAAAAACAAUUU